AUGGCUUCAUUAACCGACGAUAAGGGGGUAAGGGCAAAGGAAGAAGUUGAGUACAUCACUACGGAGGAUGAAUCGACAAUAUCAGAAGAACACAAAAAGUACCUUAUUGCUAAACAUGGAACUUACGAUUUGGAUCCACUACCAUCCAUGAAUGAUGAUGAUCCAUUAAACUGGUCAAAUGGAUUCAAACAUUUACAAUUGGCCAUGGUUGCUUUUCACGCUUUUAUGGCUACAUUUAUGGCAUCGGGAUUGGUACCUGUUAUUGGAAUGUACUCGGAAAUUUAUCAAAUGACAACGCCGGAUGUUGCUUAUUUGGUGUCUGUUCAAAUUGUAUUAGUUGGUACAUUCCCAUUAUUGUGGGUGCCUUUGAUGGAAAGGUAUGGGAAACGUUUGCUUUUAAUUAUUUCAGCACUUGGAACCAUGUGUUUUUCAUUAGGAAGUGUUUUUAGUACAACUUAUGGUACUAUGAUGGCAAUGAGAUGUUUACAAGCUAUCUUUAUCUCCCCUGGAUUGGCUGUAGGGGGAGCUGUUGUAAACGAAACUACAUUCAGUCAUCAAAGAGGGUCUAGGAGUGGUAUUUGGGCUAUUGCUGUCAAUUUAGGUACUAUGGUUGGAGCAUUAUUGAUGGGUAUUGUUGCACAGCACCAGGACCCUAAAUACAUUCACGUUGUGUUUACUUUGAUCAACUUUGGACAAGUUGUUUGUUACAUCUUCCUUGGAAAGGAAUCCCUGUACAAUCACAAUGAUUUAUCAAGAAAUGAGACAAACAGAUUUAAACAAUUGCGAUUCAAGGCUAUAUUCCCUGAGAAUCACAUAACAUUAAGAAAGACGUUUUACCCAAUGGUAUUCUUUUCUAAUUUGAGAAUCUUUAUUCCAACCUUUGCUUAUUCCAUGUGUUUUCUUCAUGCCAAUAUUGCUUUGAAUAUUGAAAUUCCCGAGGUAAUGUAUCUCAAAUUCGGGUUGGGUCCCCAGGCUUUGGGAAUGCAGUUUAUUUCUUUUAUUAUUGGUGCUGCACUUGGUGAAGUUGGAGGAUACAUGUCAGAUAAGUUGGUUGCUUGGGGCCAAAAGAGAGGAAGAGGACCCUCGUUUAGAUUAUGGGUUACAUAUCCAGGAUUUGUCACUUGUAUCAUUGGAUUAGUUGUAUUUGGAGUACAAAUAGAUGCUGCUACAUCGUGGAACGUUACACCACUUAUCGGCUGUGCGUUAGCUUCAUUUGGUUUACAGAUCAUGACGUCUCCUUUCAUUGCAUACUGUAUCGAUAUGGAUCAUACCCAGGCUGGCGCAAUCAUCUUGUUCAUCACUGUUGUCAGACAAACGCUUGCUUUUAUCGGUCCAUUUUACUUCCCAAUUAUGUUUGCAAAAUUAGGUUUCACUAUUGCUUAUAGUAUAAUGGCUGGUAUCAUUGGAGGUUUGGCGUUUAUUCCCACACUUGUCUUACAUAUUAAAGAUGCAAAGAAUGGUAAAUAA